ACCUUGCUCUUGUAUUUUGAUAUUGGUAUUUCAAAUGAUUUAUCACAUAAAACCGCCCACUUAAAACUAAGCUGUUCUGUGUUUUAUGUUUUUAAUAAAGCAAAAUGGUUUUGUUUCCAGGCUGUUGAAAAUCCCACAGCUACAGAGAUUCAAGAUGUCUGCUCAGCAGUUGGACUUAAUGUAUUUCUUGAGAAAAAUAAAAUGUACUCUAGAGAAUGGAAUCGUGAUGCUCAGUACAGGGGUCGAGUCCGUGUCCAGCUCAAGCAAGAAGAUGGCAGCCUCUGUCUUGUACAGUUCCCAUCACGUAAAUCAGUAAUGUUGUACGCUGCAGAGAUGAUACCUAAACUGAAAACAAGGACACAAAAAACAGGUGGCGGUGACCAAACUCUUCAGCAAGGAGAGGGAAGUAAAAAGGGGAAAGGAAAGAAGAAGAAGUAACCAUGCCUGAGUCAUGUAUGUUAUACUACUCUAAGAGAUAGGAGUGUGGGCUUCUGAUUUGUAUCUGAGAGGGACAAGUGCUUUUUGUUUGCAUCAUUUAACUGAACUGUGAAUAUUUGUGCCUCUCAGCUUCAGCAGCAGAGUUGACAAUGAAAUCUACAUCAGAAGUUUGCAUCUAGCUUUUACUCAGUAUAAAGGAUUUUUUUCUUUUUGGCCUGUCAACACAUUUUUAUGAAAGAAGCAUAUUUUUAAACAAUGGACUCUGCCAUACAUUACUUGAAAAAUUGUAUCUGUUUGUCCUCUAGGCACAUUUCAGAUCAAUGAGUUAAGAUUUGAAAUUUAUGUCUUGUUCACCUUUCAGUUAAUGAAAUAAAAUUUAAAACUAAUGUUUGUAA